GUAUAAGCCAGAGAGCUACCCGUUAUAGUUAAGUAGUGUGGUACUAUGUAAUGUGCGAAACAGACCGGGAGGCGGGCCUGGUCAAGACUUACAAGGCGCUCACCUACUCGCCCGUGCCGCUGGGCCCGCUGGAGCACCACAUGUACGACGGCCCCUUCAACGAGGGCGCUCCGGUCCUUGGCGGCGGCAACCUGCGGCCGCGAGGGCCGCGCCUGCUCAGCACCAGCGCCCACGCCCGCUGGCGCGCCUGCAAGCUGGAGGUGGUGGAGUGCGUGGAGCACGCGGGUGCGCUGGACUGGCACCGCCGCCGCUACCCGCCCGCCCAGCCCGACCGCGCACUGCCAGACGCCCUGGCUGCUGCCUCCGCCGCCGCCGCGGACACCGCCGCAGCCGCAGCCGCCGCUCCUGCAGCUGAAGCUGCCGCCGCUGCUACCGCCGCCGUGCAGCCUCCUGUACGGCUGUACGAGAGCACCAUUGACCUGUACACCGGCCGUACGCACCAGAUCCGGGCCCAGCUGGCGGCGGUGGGGUGUCCACUGGUGGGGGACGUCAUGUACAGCCCCAUCCAGAACCUGCUGGUGGACGAGAGCGGUGUGGUGUCCGACCCGGCGCUGGUGUCGGUCAUAGAGGAGCUGCCCAACCUGGAGACACACAUCGGGCUGCACGCCUGGCGGCUGACGUGGCGCGGCCGCACCUUCACCGCGCCGCCCGACUGGGAGCAGCAGCAGCUGGGGGAGCAGGGGGAGGCGGCUGCGGCGGCGGCAGCAGCGGUGCAGCAGGGGCAGGAGUUAGGGCAGGCGGAGGAAAAGGAGGAGGGGAAGGGCUUUGGGAAGGAGCAGGAGUAGGGGUGAGAGGGGUUGAGGGCAGGUCUGAGACUUGAGGGCGGCAAAACUAAGGCGGCGUCGAGUUCCGCCCGGCUCGAACGCUGAGACUGAGCGCUGGGCAUUGGCGAUCACAGUGCUAGUGACCAAGCUUGCGUGUGAGUGGGAGCGCUGCAUGAACUGUUAUGGCUGCUGGUAUGCAUGGCGGCGAGGCAGGUGUGGUGGAUUCCUUGCGCUGGCGGUGCUUGGGGAGUGCGAGGCGCGCAGGGGCCAAAAUGGCUGCCCUAAGUUCGUGUGCACGCCAUCAUGUGCUGCGUUGAGCGUUUCUGCCCCAAUGGUCGGUGAUGUGCAUGCAUGUGAGCAUUGCUUGUGUGGUUCUGGGCUAUAACCGAGUUUGUGGAACACGGUUCGUGCCGCCGUUGCGGAUGGCUUUGGGGGGUUGCAGCCCGGUCUGAGUCAGUGACGCAGCAAAAUGCACAUUUGACUCAGCUGAGUUUGCAGGUCAUGAUAUGCGCAAUACCGUUUGCGCGCGGCUCAGAAAGGCCGCGCGCGAGAAAUGUCACUGCAGUCGCCCACCAGUUCAUUCCUGCUGUAUUACCAGGAGCAACUGGCCCUGUAAAUACAUGCUCCA